AUGUCCAACUACCUCUUACCCUUCCAUCCUCUUGUUGGUAUGUCCAGCUACCUCUCACCCUUCCAUCCUCUUGUUGAUAUGUCCAGCUACCUCUCACCCUUAUUACCUCUUGUUGGUAUGUUCAGCUACCUCUCACCCUUCUUACCUCUUGUUGGUAUGUUCAGCUACCUCUCACCCUUCUUACCUCUUGUUGGUAUGUUCAGCUACCUCUCACCCUUCUUACCUCUUGUUGGUAUGUUCAGCUACCUCUUACCCUUCCAUCCUCUUGUUGGUAUGUCCAGCUACCUCUUACCCUUCUUACCUCUUGUUGGUAUGUCCAGCUACCUCUCACCCUUCUUACCUCUUGUUGGUAUGUCCAGCUACCUCUCACCCUUCUUACCUCUUGUUGGUAUUUCCAGCUACCUCUCACCCUUCUUACCUCUUGUUGAUAUGUCCAGCUACCUCUCACCCUUCCAUCCUCUUGUUGGUAUGUCCAGCUACCUCUCACCCUUCUUACCUCUUGUUGAUAUGUCCAGCUACCUCUCACCCUUAUUACCUCUUGUUGGUAUGUUCAGCUACCUCUCACCCUUCUUACCUCUUGUUGGUAUGUUCAGCUACCUCUCACCCUUCUUACCUCUUGUUGGUAUGUUCAGCUACCUAUCACCCUUCUUACCUCUUGUUGGUAUGUUCAGCUACCUCUCACCCUUAUUAUCUCAGGUUGGUAUGUUCAGCUACCUCUCACCCUUAUUACCUCUUGUUGAUAUGUUCAGCUACCUCUCACCCUUCUUACCUCUUGUUGGUAUGUUCAGCUACCUCUCACCCUUCUUACCUCUUGUUGGUAUGUUCAACUACCUCUCACCCUUAUUACCUCUUGUUGGUAUGUUCAGCUACCUCUCACCCUUAUUACCUCUUGUUGGUAUGUUCAGCUACCUCUCACCCUUAUUACCUCUUGUUGGUAUGUUCAGCUACCUAUCACCCUUCUUACCUCUUGUUGGUAUGUUCAGCUACCUCUCACCCUUCUUACCUCUUGUUGGUAUGUUCAGCUACCUAUCACCCUUCUUACCUCUUGUUGGUAUGUCCAGCUACCUCUCACCCUUAUUACCUCUUGUUGGUAUGUUCAGCUACAUCUCACCCUUCUUACCUCUUGUUGAUAUGUUCAGCUACCUCUCACCCUUCUUACCUCUUGUUGAUAUGUUCAGCUACCUUUCACCCUUCUUACCUCUUGUUGGUAUGUUCAGCUACCUCUUACCCUUCUUACCUCUUGUUGGUAUGUUCAGCUACCUCUCACCCUUCUUACCUCUUGUUGAUAUGUUCAGCUACCUCUCACCCUUCUUACCUCUUGUUGAUAUGUUCAGCUACCUCUCACCCUUCUUACCUCUUGUUGAUAUGUUCAGCUACCUAUCACCCUUCUUACCUCUUGUUGGUAUGUUCAGCUACCUCUCACCCUUCUUACCUCUUGUUGAUAUGUUCAGCUACCUCUCACCCUUCUUACCUCUUGUUGGUAUGUUCAGCUACCUCUCACCCUUCUUACCUCUUGUUGAUAUGUCCAGCUACCUCUCACCCUUCUUACCUCUUGUUGGUAUGUCCAGCUACCUCUCACCCUUCUUACCUCUUGUUGGUAUGUUCAGCUACCUCUCACCCUUCUUACCUCUUGUUGGUAUGUUCAGCUACCUAUCACCCUUCUUACCUCUUGUUGGUAUGUUCAGCUACCACUCACCCUUCUUACCUCUUGUUGAUAUGUUCAGCUACCUCUCACCCUUCUUACCUCUUGUUGAUAUGUCCAGCUACCUCUCACCCUUCUUACCUCUUGUUGGUAUGUCCAGCUACCUCUCACCCUUCUUACCUCUUGUUGGUAUGUUCAGCUACCUCUCACCCUUCUUACCUCUUGUUGGUAUGUUCAGCUACCUAUCACCCUUCUUACCUCUUGUUGGUAUGUUCAGCUACCUAUCACCUUUCUUACCUCUUGUUGAUAUGUCCAGCUACCUCUCACCCUUCUUACCUCUUGUUGAUAUGUCCAGCUACCUCUCACCCUUCUUACCUCUUGUUGGUAUGUCCAGCUACCUCUCACCCUUCUUACCUCUUGUUGGUAUGUUCAGCUACCUCUCACCCUUCUUACCUCUUGUUGGUAUGUUCAGCUACCUCUCACCCUUCUUACCUCUUGUUGAUAUGUUCAGCUACCUCUCACCCUUCUUACCUCUUGUUGGUAUGUUCAGCUACAUCUCACCCUUCUUACCUCUUGUUGAUAUGUUCAGCUACCUCUCACCCUUCUUACCUCUUGUUGAUAUGUUCAGCUACCUCUCACCCUUCUUACCUCUUGUUGGUAUGUUCAGCUACCUCUCACCCUUCUUACCUCUUGUUGGUAUUUCCAGCUACCUCUUACCCUUCUUACCUCUUGUUGGUAUGUUCAGCUACCACUCACCCUUCUUACCUCUUGUUGAUAUGUUCAGCUACCUCUCACCCUUCUUACCUCUUGUUGAUAUGUUCAGCUACCUCUCAGCCUUCUUACCUCUUGUUGGUAUGUUCAGCUACCUCUCACCCUUCUUACCUCUUGUUGAUAUGUUCAGCUACAUCUCACCCUUCUUACCUCUUGUUGGUAUGUUCAGCUACCACUCACCCUUCUUACCUCUUGUUGGUAUGUUCAGCUACCUCUCACCCUUCUUACCUCUUGUUGAUAUGUUCAGCUACCUCUCACCCUUCUUACCUCUUGUUGGUAUUUCCAGCUACCUCUUACGCUUCUUACCUCUUGUUGAUAUGUUCAGCUACCUCUCACCCUUCUUACCUCUUGUUGAUAUGUUCAGCUACCUCUCACCCUUCUUACCUCUUGUUGGUAUUUCCAGCUACCUCUCACCCUUCUUACCUCUUGUUGAUAUGUUCAGCUACAUCUCACCCUUCUUACCUCUUGUUGGUAUGUUCAGCUACCACUCACCCUUCUUACCUCUUGUUGGUAUGUUCAGCUACAUCUCACCCUUCUUACCUCUUGUUGAUAUGUUCAGCUACCUCUCAGCCUUCUUACCUCUUGUUGAUAUGUUCAGCUACCUCUCACCCUUCUUACCUCUUGUUGGUAUGUUCAGCUACCUCUCACCCUUCUUACCUCUUGUUGGUAUGUCCAGCUACCUCUCACCCUUCUUACCUCUUGUUGGUAUGUCCAGCUACCUCUCACCCUUCUUACCUCUUGUUGAUAUGUUCAGCUACCUCUCAGCCUUCUUACCUCUUGUUGAUAUGUUCAGCUACCUCUCACCCUUCUUACCUCUUGUUGGUAUGUCCAGCUACCUCUCACCCUUCUUACCUCUUGUUGAUAUGUUCAGCUACCACUCACCCUUCUUACCUCUUGUUGAUAUGUUCAGCUACCUCUCAGCCUUCUUACCUCUUGUUGGUAUGUUCAGCGACCUCUCACCCUUCUUACCUCUUGUUGAUAUGUUCAGCUACCUCUCACCCUUCUUACCUCUUGUUGGUAUGUUCAGCUACCUCUCACCCUUCUUACCUCUUGUUGGUAUGUUCAGCUACCUCUCACCCUUCUUACCUCUUGUUGGUAUGUUCAGCUACCUCUCACCCUUCUUACCUCUUGUUGAUAUGUUCAGCUACAUCUCACCCUUCUUACCUCUUGUUGAUAUGUUCAGCUACCUCUCAGCCUUCUUACCUCUUGUUGAUAUGUUCAGCUACCUCUCAGCCUUCUUACCUCUUGUUGAUAUGUUCAGCUACCUCUCACCCUUCUUACCUCUUGUUGGUAUGUCCAGCUACCUCUCACCCUUCUUACCUCUUGUUGAUAUGUUCAGCUACCUCUCAGCCUUCUUACCUCUUGUUGAUAUGUUCAGCUACCUCUCAGCCUUCUUACCUCUUGUUGGUAUGUCCAGCUACCUCUCACCCUUCUUACCUCUUGUUGAUAUGUUCAGCUACCUCUCACCCUUCUUACCUCUUGUUGGUAUGUCCAGCUACCUCUCACCCUUCUUACCUCUUGUUGAUAUGUUCAGCUACCUCUCAGCCUUCUUACCUCUUGUUGAUAUGUUCAGCUACCACUCACCCUUCUUACCUCUUGUUGGUAUGUUCAGCUACCUCUCACCCUUCUUACCUCUUGUUGAUAUGUUCAGCUACCUCUCACCCUUCUUACCUCUUGUUGGUAUUUCCAGCUACCUCUUACGCUUCUUACCUCUUGUUGGUAUUUCCAGCUACCUCUCACCCUUCUUACCUCUUGUUGAUAUGUUCAGCUACCUCUCACCCUUCUUACCUCUUGUUGAUAUGUUCAGCUACCUCUCACCCUUCUUACCUCUUGUUGAUAUGUUCAGCUACCUCUCACCCUUCUUACCUCUUGUUGGUAUGUUCAGCUACCUCUCACCCUUCUUACCUCUUGUUGGUAUUUCCAGCUACCUCUCACCCUUCUUACCUCUUGUUGAUAUGUUCAGCUACCUCUCACCCUUCUUACCUCUUGUUGGUAUGUCCAUCUACCUCUCACCCUUCUUACCUCUUGUUGGUAUGUCCAUCUACCUCUCACCCUUCUUACCUCUUGUUGGUAUGUUCAGCUACCACUCACCCUUCUUACCUCUUGUUGGUAUUUCCAGCUACCUCUCACCCUUCUUACCUCUUGUUGAUAUGUUCAGCUACCUCUCACCCUUCUUACCUCUUGUUGAUAUGUUCAGCUACCUCUCACCCUUCUUACCUCUUGUUGAUAUGUUCAGCUACCUCUCACCCUUCUUACCUCUUGUUGGUAUGUUCAGCUACCUCUCACCCUUCUUACCUCUUGUUGGUAUUUCCAGCUACCUCUCACCCUUCUUACCUCUUGUUGAUAUGUUCAGCUACCUCUCACCCUUCUUACCUCUUGUUGAUAUGUUCAGCUACCUCUCACCCUUCUUACCUCUUGUUGAUAUGUUCAGCUACCUCUCACCCUUCUUACCUCUUGUUGGUAUGUUCAGCUACCUCUCACCCUUCUUACCUCUUGUUGAUAUGUUCAGCUACCUCUCACCCUUCUUACCUCUUGUUGGUAUUUCCAGCUACCUCUUACGCUUCUUACCUCUUGUUGGUAUUUCCAGCUACCUCUCACCCUUCUUACCUCUUGUUGAUAUGUUCAGCUACCUCUCACCCUUCUUACCUCUUGUUGAUAUGUUCAGCUACCUCUCACCCUUCUUACCUCUUGUUGAUAUGUUCAGCUACCUCUCACCCUUCUUACCUCUUGUUGGUAUGUUCAGCUACCUCUCACCCUUCUUACCUCUUGUUGGUAUUUCCAGCUACCUCUCACCCUUCUUACCUCUUGUUGGUAUUUCCAGCUACCUCUCACCCUUCUUACCUCUUGUUGAUAUGUUCAGCUACCUCUCACCCUUCUUACCUCUUGUUGAUAUGUUCAGCUACCUCUCACCCUUCUUACCUCUUGUUGAUAUGUUCAGCUACCUCUCACCCUUCUUACCUCUUGUUGGUAUGUUCAGCUACCUCUCACCCUUCUUACCUCUUGUUGAUAUGUUCAGCUACCUCUCACCCUUCUUACCUCUUGUUGGUAUUUCCAGCUACCUCUUACCCUUCUUACCUCUUGUUGGUAUGUUCAGCUACCUCUCACCCUUCUUACCUCUUGUUGAUAUGUUCAGCUACCUCUCACCCUUCUUACCUCUUGUUGAUAUGUUCAGCUACCUCUCACCCUUCUUACCUCUUGUUGGUAUUUCCAGCUACCUCUUACCCUUCUUACCUCUUGUUGAUAUGUUCAGCUACCUCUCACCCUUCUUACCUCUUGUUGGUAUGUUCAGCUACCUCUCACCCUUCUUACCUCUUGUUGGUAUGUCCAUCUACCUCUCACCCCUCAGUAGUAGAUCUUCCCUUUUCUGUGCUUUGCCAUUGAGGGUGGUUAGAAAUCUAGAGUCGUCUAUGAAUUAA